UGAGGGGAUUUCCACACCCCAAACCAGCAGCCAGUCACAGCUCGGCUCGGCUCGGCUCACUGCGGAAACAAAGUGAAGCGUCCUCAACUCCUGAGAGCAGUCGACACAUGGCUGGCGUCGGUCAAACACUCACCUCCAGACUAACACCAACAAAUACUCACCGUCGGCGUCGAGUUUGACAAGCGCUCGCUCGAGUUUCAGGGACAAAGACGUCCGGCCGAGCAGGAAGGGAAGUGUCUCUCCCCGCCGCCGCCGCUCACACCAGCUACGGGAUCAUCCGGCUGGGAAGGACAAUUAGAGACAGCAGAGCGACUGCAAAGUUUAUGAUCUGCCUGUUGGGUUGACAACAAGAGCAUGUCGUAUGCAGCGGGAAACAUGAGCGCCUCCGAAGCCAUGGCUUUCUUCGAGCUGGAGAUCAUCCAGGAGGUGAUCGCAGAGGGGUGUCAGGGCACCUCGGGUUCCUCCCUCCCCAGGCCUCCUCCGCCCCCCGCAGACCUCCUCUGCCCGCCCCUCAACCAGAACCACAGGAUGCCCAGGCAGAGCUCCUCGCCCUCAUCCCAGCCCGUGCUGGUUGCGAGAGGCACCGCCCCCCAGGGACCGUCCUCCUCCACCCAGCACGUGCAGACUUAUUCCUGCUCCAGGGAAAUGGCGUCGGCUAAUCCCGGCCGCGGGGUCUCUCACUCCGGCUCGCCUCGCCGUGGCCGCAGCUCCUCAUGUCUGGUGAGCUCCAGGCGCCCCGGCUCGCUCUCCUCCACAGCCCAGAGUGACACCGAUUUGCUGGAGCGGGUGCUGGAGAAGCCCAAACUGGUGGUGGUGGAGGAGCCGAAGGAGAGGGGCAUGAGGUUCCGCUACGAGUGCGAGGGUCGGUCAGCCGGCAGCAUCCUGGGAGCGUCGAGCACAGAAACCUCCAAGACUCAGCCUGCUAUCGAGAUUCAGGGCCCCAUUGAGCACAUAAAGAAGGUCACAGUCACCACUUCCUUGGUGACCAAAGACUUUCCAUACCGCCCUCACCCCCACUGCCUUGUGGGUAAAGACUGUCCCGAAGGCUCAGGAAUCUGUGUGGUGCAACUCAACCCUCACAACAACAGACGUCACAGCUUCUCCAACCUUGGCAUCCAGUGUGUGAGGCGGAAAGAGCUGGAUUCUUCACUUCAGAAGAGAAGAAGCCAGAACAUUGACCCCUUUAGAACCGGUAACUCAAAGAGCAUUGAAGAUAUGGACAUGAAUGUAGUGCGUCUGUGUUUCCAGUGUGAGCUGGAGUGGGACGACGGCAGAAAGGACUGUCUCAGCCCUGUGGUGUCCAACCCCGUCUACGACAAGAAGGCCACCACUACAUCACAGCUGAAGAUCAGCUGUUUGAACAUCUACAAGGGGCCCUGCACUGGGAAGACAGAGAUCUUCAUGUUGUGUGACAAAAUCCAGAAAGAUGACAUAGAGAUCAUCUUCAAGCGAGGCACGUGGGAGGCGAAGGGGGAGUUCUGCCAGUCUGACGUGCACCGGCAGAUCGCCAUCGUGUUCAGAAGCCCGCCCUACCAGGACAUGGACAUCGCCAGGGAGGUUGACGUCAGCAUCGUCCUGCGCCGGCUCUCCGACCGCAUGGACAGCGAGCCCGUGACCUUCACUUACCUGCCGUACAACUCAGAUCCAUACAGUUUGAAGCGGAAGAGAAAGAUAAAGUCAGACAUCAGCUUUCGAGAUAGGCCUUGUUUGGCAGGUCAAAGUGCAGCUGCAGAGGAGCCAUCCUCCUCGAUGUCCUUCCUCUUUUCCCGGGAGGGCGUGCUGCCUGCAGAGGACGGCCUGGCCUCUGCCCAGCCCAGCGUCUCCACUGUGGGGGAAAGAAAUUACAGCAGCGGCAGCAACAGCAGCAACAGCAGCAACAGCAGCCAGGACAGCGACCUACCUGACCUGUUGAGCAACCCCGAGGAAUUGGCCCUCUUCAACCGGCUGCUGGAAAUGCCCUCGUUGUGGAACAUGCUGAAUGAGCCAAGCAUCGCCUCAUCGCUGGUCUCCAGCUUUGACCAGGGGCCCGACGGAAACCUCAUGUUCCCUAGCUUUGAUCUGAACUUUAACCCAAACUUUGGGCAGUACGGACAGGACUUUUCCCAGUAUAACGACGUGCAGUUUAACCACCUUGUGAACGAGAGCCAGACCCCUCAGCCAGAGCCUCAACCGCAGGACAGCCCCUCCCACAUGGUUCAGGUGAAGACUGAAGACGAGCCAUGAGGAAGCGAGAGGCAGUGCAACCACGCACUCUUCUUCCUUUUUAACCUGUACAAAAUGUAGAGCCAGGAAAACUUAUGUUGCCCAAGCGGUCCCUCACUCAAACUAGUUGAGCUGUGCAGCGUCUCCUUUAGGCUCAUUUAGUUUCACAAGGUUGCAUCCUGCACCUUGGUUGCCUUCUCAUUAACCCCAAAUUUUCAUGCAAAGGCCUUGCUGGUCAAGGUUUUGGCAACCAGGGAUGAGUUAACAUUCCAAAAUGUCUGCACUUCCGGACCCAGGCCUCUGUGAGCGGACUGGGUUGUCCUCGUGCUGCUAGCAUUAACCUUCAGGCUGAAAGGCACCGGAGCUUGGCACUCACAGUUAGCAUGUCGCCCCAGCUCGCUUAAAAAGGAGAAGCCACAAACUUCUCGAUUUCACCUGGGAACUGAAGAAACUCUCUCCAUAAAUUGCCAUCCAUUGUUGUUAUGAGUCAUUGGCGAGAGAAGACUGAAAUGUGUGUGUGUUGUCUUGUGGCUCUGGCUGUGUAUUUUGCAUUUUAGUUUAACCUAUGAUGUGACUUUCCAUUCCUCUCUUAGUUGUCAGCAGUAGUGAAGGGAUUUUAGAAUAUAAUCACCAUGUUCGACAAAUAUGAAGUUUCAGAUCUGUUGCUUGUGCACAACUCUGCUCUUGCCUGGUAUUUCUCUCUGUUGAUGUGACAAUAAAGCCACGCCAGCUGGCCUGUUCAAUGUUUAACCCACAUACAUGCAAUAGAAACCAGUCAUCAUAUUCAUAGUGCCGCCUGCUCUUACUUCCUUUUGUCCUGUGAGUUUCACUGUUGAGCCCAGCCUUCAAAUUCCUCUUGCGGCUUGUCAUAAUGUGCGCUUUCACACCUCCUCACUGUAGCACUGAGCUUUAGUACUAUUUCCAAGAAAAAUAAAUAUCUGUGUAUGUAAUUGA